UGUGUGUUUAAAUGAUGCGCCGGCGGCAGCGCCUCACGGGUCCGCGGGGAAGCCCAGCCCAGGGCCGCAGCCUCCAGCGCCCCGGAAGCCCUCCCGCCGCCAGCUCCACCUCCCCCCGCUGCCCAAAAAACACCCGAUUUCGGUGUUUUUCUUUGGAGCGGGUCGGUUUAUGGAGGGGAUCGGUUCAUCAUCACCACCACCACCACCACUACCACAGCCGCGCUCGAUGCGCUCGGCGCUCCGCUCCCCGCUCGAUGCGCUCGGCGCUGGAGCGGCGCGGCCUGUGGCGGGCGGCGGGGAGGCGCGGCGGCGCCAAGAUGGCGGCGGCGGCGGGCUGUGUGUGAGGCUCCCGCGGCCCUCCCGGCCCAGGGCGGGCGGCGGGCCCGGGCCUCGCCGAGCCUGAGCCGGCAUGUGCGAGACCUACUCGCGGUGGCUGCUGCGGGUGUCGGUGGCGCAGAUUUGCCAGGCGCUGGGGUGGGAUUCGGUGCAAGUUUCGGCCUGCGACCUCCUCACCGAUGUGCUGCAGCGGUACCUGCAAGGGCUGGGCCGGGGUUGCCACCGCUACUGCGAGCUCUAUGGCCGCACAGAUCCAAUUUUGGAUGACGUAAGUGAUGCCUUCAAGCUUAUGGGGGUUAACCUACAUGAGCUAGAAGAUUACAUCCACAAUAUCGAGCCUGUCACUUUUGCACAUCAAAUCCCUUCGUUCCCCGUCAGCAAGAACAAUGUCCUGCAGUUUCCCCAGCCGGGAAGUAAGGAUGCAGAAGAAAGGAAGGAAUACAUCCCCGAUUACAUGCCACCCAUUGUCUCCUCUCAAGAAGAAGAGGAAGAGGAACAGGUGCCCACCGAUGGAGGUACAUCUGCAGAGGCCAUGCAGGUGCCACUGGAAGAAGAGGGAGACAUGGAAGAGGACGAAGCAAUUAAUGAUGAGAACUACUUGAGCAAAAGACCAUUAGACAGUCCUGAUGCUGAGGAAUUUCCACCUGUGAAACGGCCAAAACUGUCUGUUUCCAAAGGUGACGCCUUGGACGGAGCUUUGGAACCACGUGAGCCUCUUAGCUCAAUAAACACUCAGAAAGUACCACCAAUGCUUUCUCCAGUUCAUGUUCAGGACAGUACAGACUUAGCCCCUCCUUCACCAGAACCACCUAUGUUGGCUCCCAUUGCAAAAUCGCAAGUGCCAACCCCCAAAACUUUAGAGGCAAAGCCAUUUGUACCCAAAACAAAGUCCAAAACAAGUUCUCCAGGACAGAAGACGAAAUCACCUAAAACUACACCUUCACCAGUGGUAACUGGAAGUCCCAUACGUUCACCAAAAACUGGAUCCAAAGAGAAAAAGUCACCGGGUCGCGCCAAGAGCCCAAAAAGUCCUAAAAGUCCAAAGGUUCCUGCUCAUGUUCCUCAACCACCGGUCAAGCCUGAAACACCAAGUAGAACCCCUCUGGCUGCAUUAAGUGACAAGAUAGGAAAGGAAAAUAUUCAAGUGAAACAAGGACAGACGCCACCUGAGCCUGCCACCAAGCCAAAUAUUGAAAACCAGACUAAGAAAGUACCAGUGAUGGACAAAACCAUCGAUGAUUCAAUCGAUGCUGUGAUUGCUCGUGCAUGUGCGGAACGAGAACCCGAUCCCUUUGAGUUUUCCUCCGGUUCCGAAUCAGAAGGGGAAAUUUUUACCAGUCCGAAAAGACUUUCUAUAUCAGAGACUACAACUCCUAAACCUUCUGUUUCUGCCAAUAACACAAAUAAGGCAGGAGCGACUCCAAUACCUCCCUCAGGUGGAACUUCAAGUUCAGACAUUUCAUGGACAAUGGAUGACUCAAUUGAUGAGGUCAUUCGAAAGGCAAACAUGGGGACACCUUCUAAUCCACCUACCAACUUCACUUACUUCUCCUCUCCUUCUGCUUCACCACCAACUCCAGAACCUCUUCUCAAAGUCUAUGAGGAGAAAGCCAAGUUGGCUGCAUCAGUAGAAGUGAAAAAGAAAUUGAAAAAAGAGCUCAAGACAAAGAUGAGGAAGAAAGAAAAACAAAAGGAAAAAGAUAAAGAGAAAAACAAGGAGAAGAAUAAGGAGAAGGAAAAGAACAAGGAGAAGGAGAAAGACAAGGAAGGAAACAAGGAAGCAAAGUUUCAGUGGAAGGAACUACUCAAAGAUGAUGAUCUUGAUCCCUAUAAAUUCAAACUAAAGGACUUUGAGGAUGCUGACACAAAAGUAAAGUUGAAAGACGGCAACACCAAAAAAGACCGAGAAAAACAUAAAGAUAAAAAGAAAGAGAAAGAGAAAGGCAAAAAAGACAAGGAUAAGAAAGACAAAGAGAAACUUAAAGAUAAGAGUAAGGAAGAUAAGAUAAAGGCUCCAUCAGCACCUCUCGUGUUACCUCCCAAAGAAAUGUCUUUGCCCUUGUUCAGCACACCAACUGCCAUGAGGCUUCCCAGCAUGUUACCUUCCUUGUCUCCAAUGCUUCCUGAAAAACUGUUUGAGGACAAAGAGAAACCAAAAGAGAAGAAGAAAGACAAAAAAGAGAAGAAGAAAAAGAAAGAAAGGGAGAAGGACAAAGAAAAGGAAAAGAAGGAGAAGGAAAAGGAGAGGAAAGAAAGAGAAAAGAAAGAGAAGGAAAAAGAGAAACACAAACAUGAAAAGAUAAAGGUGGAACCAGUUGUUCCAGCUCCAUCACCGGUUAUUCCUCGGCUGACAUUAAGAGUGGGUGCAGGCCAAGACAAGAUAGUCAUCAGCAAGGUGGUGCCAGCUCCAGAGGCCAAACCUGCUACUCCCGUGAACCGGCCCAAAACUCCUCCACCCGUUCCAUCACCAGUACCAGCUCCUGUUCAUGUCACACCUCCUCCAGCUCCAGCUCCUCCUCCUCCACAAGCCACCGUCUCACCAGUCCUGAUCCCACCGCCCUCUCCAGCCGUCUCGGCGGCAGGAGGCUCCAAAGCUCCGGUUAGGAGCGUGGUGACCGAGACCGUCAGUACUUAUGUGAUCCGAGACGAGUGGGGUAACCAGAUCUGGAUCUGUCCUGGCUGUAACAAGCCAGAUGAUGGCAGUCCAAUGAUAGGUUGUGAUGACUGCGACGAUUGGUAUCACUGGCCUUGCGUCGGGAUUACGACUGCACCCCCAGAAGAGAUACAAUGGUUCUGCUCCAAGUGUGCCAACAAAAAGAAGGAUAAGAAACACAAGAAGAGGAAGCACAGGGCACACUGAAGACUCUACAGUGGACCGAAGUCGUGUGGUCGCCGCGGCACCUUCUGCCCUGACUCCGCUGCAGGGGGGGAAUCCAGCCGGCUCCUGUCCCACCCUCCGUCACCGGCUGUCAGGGUUAUGACUCUGGAGUGAAUCAGGGGUGAGGAGAUGCUCUCCAUCAGGGGCUAUUGCGUUUCACAGACCAUCCGAGCCCAGGGGGUUGGAUUUUGGUACAUUCUGAUGCUGUCUUUCACCUACCGAGGCUAAUUUGCACAGGGUGACAUGAAGACUUCGGUACUUCAUGGUCCCGCUCCCGCUCCUGUGGCUCGGCAGCAACAAAGAGGAAUGUUGUAAAUACAGAUACCUGCCCUAUUCCUUCUCGAUUUGUUCUUAAUCCCUCUUGAACCUUUGCAGCAAGGUGCUGAGAGGAGGAGAAAAUGUAAAUUUGCAGUAAGUUGUAAACUGAGACGACCUUCUGGAAUGAUUUCUGUAGUCUGGAUACAGUUCAGCCUCGACUCCUGCUGAGCCAGAUAAUCAUAACGCCGAAAUAAAAGAGUGGCUGGUAAAUAUUUUUGUGACGAGAAUAUAUGAAGCUUUUUUCCCUUGAUUUUUAGUACUAACAUAAAAUAAAACACGUUCAAGCUUUUGUGAUAUAUCUUCUAUUUUUUAAAAAGGAAAAAACAAAGUUUCUAUUGUGUCAGGUUUUUUUUUUUUUCCUUCCGUGUGAAUUGAUUUCCGUGGACCUGUAAUAUAUUUUAUACUUUGGUUUUUUGGGGAGGGGGGGUUUUGGUUUUUUAGUCUUUGUCAAUGUACCUUUUCAUUGCUUGUACAUUUCAUUGGUGUGUAAAAACACUUCCCAUUAAAAGACGUUCACACGUGUAAAUACCUGAUAUUUAUAAAGUAAUUCUGGGGUGGGGUGUUUUGUUUUUUUUUUUUUGUAAUUAUUAUUUUUUUAGGGCUUUUUACCUUCAUUUGCCCCAGAAAACCAACCUUGCAGCUAUUUAAAAGCCCGGGUGACAUCCGCCUGCCCCUAUGGCGUUAAGGGAUUGGUGAGAUCUGCCCCAGUGGUGCGUGCGCGAGGAGUCGGCCAGCACCAUAAUUAGGCCUCGAUUCAGACACUUAAACAUGUGGUAACUUCUUAAGAAGUGAGUAAUCCUGUUGCCUUCAAGGAGCCUGUUCCCACACUUCGUUAUACAUGUGCUUUAAUGCCUUCUGAAUUGAGAGCUUAGGCCAGGGGGCUCUGCGCCUCGAAUGGGAGCUACGGUGUGUUGAUCUGUAGCUGGAACUGAGCUUUUUUACUUUCUUCUUUUCUUUUAACAAGUGGUAGCGAGUUUGCCAAAACCAUCGGGCUUGUGUUUAGAUGGAGGAGAUGCAGAAUGUGUCCCUCUGCCUUGUGUAUCCCCUUGGAAAGACCAGAAAAGUGAAUACAAGUUGUAUUCCCCAUUGAAAAUGAGGGGAGGGGAAUUGCAGAGAUAAAAAAGUCAGUAUUAAAUGUUGUAGUGCAAUAGUUCUGAGAGCUAAAGAAAAUAUAAGGACAAAUCUGGAAAACAAAAAUGACACCUUUUGUUUCCAAAGGGAUUUUAGACUUCGUUGGUUCAUUUGGGGAUAUUUCUACUUCAAAGCCACCCAGUGAGAAACAGCUGAUGUUUGAGACUCUGACCCUUCAACCUGUUGCACAGAUAUUAAGAGUUAUUUUCUAAAUGCAUCCAAAUUGAUAUUAAUGGGAAUGAAUCAGUCGUGUUUUUAAAAGUACCAGUUUAGGCAGGGAAAUGAGGCUUUGCUGAUAGAACUGUUAAAUUGCAAAUCAGUGGAGAUACGGAUGAAAUUGGUUUAUUAAAAGUGCACUGUUACCUUCUUUGUUCAAUGCCACCUCAUUUAUAGUCCGUCCCCGCUAAUUACCAGUCUUGGGUUUGAUUUUUGCCUUUAAUUUCGUUUUGAAUUGUUGGAUGUUGCAAACCUGAUCCUUGGUUGGCUUUAUUUUUCCCACGUGUAAUGUGCAGACGUACGAAAUACACAGUCUUUGGUCCUUUCUGGUUGCAAUAAUAAAAGAACUAGCUUUUGGUAA